AUGGAUAUUGAUUUGGGAAGAAAAACGUGUCUUUCAUCUUUGACAUGGGAUCCAUACGAGAAAAGCAGUCACCCAGUUUCGUGCAAGGGCUUAAGCGCUCCACCGCCGGCCGAUGAUAAACGAGUGGUGUUAGGUGAAGUAGACUUUUUUGCAGAUAAGAGGAGGUCUACAAACGAUACUUUUGUAGUGAAGAAGGAAGAUGUUGAAGCUGCUACAAGGGAUUUGAAUGUCAACACUGGUUUGCAACUUCUUACUGUUAACAAUGGAAAUGAUCAAUUAACGAAAGAUGAUGGGAUUUCAUCUGACAUCAAAGAUAAGAAAGCAAAAAAGGAGCUAGCAGAAUUACAAGUUGAACUCGAAAGAAUGAACGCUGAAAAUCACAAGUUAAAAGGGAUGCUUACUCAGGUCACCAACAAUUACAGUACACUGCAGAUGCAUCUUGCAACAUUAAUGCAACAGCCAAAGAACUCAAAAACAGAAAGCUCACAGGAAAACCAGACUGUAGAGAGAAAAUCUGAAGAUAAGAAAUCAGAAAAUGGAGGAUCAAUAGUUCCUAGACAGUUCUUGGAGUUGGUCCAGGGUGAUCAAGAACUAUCUCAUUCUUCAUCAGAAGAAAGAACAAUAUCUGAAUCCCCGGCACACAAGAAGAAAAAGUUUGGUAGGGAAGAGAGCCCAGCAUCAGAAGAUUGGGCCCCUAACAAGGCUUCCAAAUUAAAUCCCUUUAAGUCUGUCGAUCAAUCCACCGAGGCUACCAUGAGAAAAGCUCGUGUUUCAGUUCGUGCACGAUCCGAAGCUCCUAUGAUUUCAGAUGGAUGCCAAUGGCGAAAAUAUGGACAAAAGAUGGCGAAAGGAAAUCCAUGUCCACGAGCUUAUUAUCGUUGCACCAUGGCAGUAGGCUGUCCAGUGCGCAAACAGGUUCAAAGGUGUGCUGAAGACCGGACAAUUUUGAUUACAACCUACGAAGGAACCCACAAUCAUCCAUUGCCUCCAGCCGCCGUGGCUAUGGCAUCAACAACCUCAGCCGCAGCUAAUAUGCUUCUCUCGGGUUCAAUGUCUAGUGCAGAUGGGUUGAUGAAUCCGAAUAUUCUUGCAAGAACCAUUCUUCCAUGUUCAUCGAACAUUGCUACAAUUUCAGCCUCGGCUCCAUUUCCGACAGUCACAUUAGACCUUACUCAGCCACCCAACCCAUUGCAAUUCCAAAGACCGCCACCCCCUACCCAAUUCCAUGUCCCUUUCGCCGCCGCUGCCCCACCGCAAAUUCCUCAAGUUUUUGGGCUUAACCAAUCAAAAUUUUCCGGGCUCCAGAUGUCUCACGACAGUAGUACUGAAGCUGCCUCAUUGCCAAACGAGUCCCAACCUCCACAGGCUCAGCAACACCAAUCAUAUGCUAACACCCUCAGUGCCGCCACCGCCGCUAUCACUGCCGAUGCUAAUUUCACUGCAGCCCUUGCCGCCGCCAUCACCACCAUUAUUGGUGGCUCCAAUCCAAACAACAGUAAGAACAAUUUGAUGGCAAACAGCAAUAGUGCAGACGUAAACACGAAUAAUAGCAACAAGACCAGCAGUUUUUCAGGGAAUUAAUAUAAGCGUAAUCCAGUUUCGUUAUCUGUAGCUACCACUUUUCACACUUGUAUCAAAUAGUUUUGUUGAUUCUUCUUCUUGGUCGUUCAGAAGGAAUUAACAUGUUCAUAUUUUUUUGUAUUUUUGUAAUUGGCGUGGAUGGUUUACUGCAUAGGACACACAAAUUUGUUUUAUUCAGAAUAAUAUCAUUCCAAUAUGCUACAAAAGAGAGAAUGCUUGAUUGCUUUCUUGAUUGUAAAUUUCAUUGUUUUUUCUUGUUAAUUGGGUUAGAAUCAUUA